AUGCCCUCCAAGGCAAGAUCAUUGUUCGAGCUCACCAGGCUCCACUGGUUCCCAGUGGGGAGCGACUUCAACUUUUGGCCCUUCGCUUGGAGCUUCCUGUCGGCAGCCUAUCGUCUGGCAUUGCCCAUGCACGACGUCGCGAAAAAUAUCUUAUUUUAUGCAUUGCUGGGCACACUGAUACACAGCGCUGGCUGUGUCAUAAAUGACAUGCUUGACCGCGACUUCGAUCGCAAAAUUGAACGCUCGAAAGGCCGACCAAUCGCAUCGGGAGCUGUCACCAGAACCGAAGCUUCAAUUCUUCUGGCGGUCCUCGUUGCUGCCAUCUUUUACAUGUUUUCGACUGUUGGCACCACGGGCUUCACACUCGGUGUUGUUAUGCUCCCUGCUGGUGGCGGGAUGUAUCCACUGACGAAGCGCUGGAUGUACUGGACUUCUUUGUUCCUCGGUAUCCCUUUUUUUUGGGCAGUUCCAUUCACUUGGGUUGCAACGACGGGUCAGUUCAAUUGGGAUAUGAUCCUGAGCGUUGCAACCGCGUCCUGCUGCUGGACAUGUAUCUACGACACCAUUUACGCAUGCCAGAUGAAUCGACUGGAAGCCGGGGUAAAGUCCAUGGCGGUUCGUCUGGGCGAAGGCAUUCGUCCUGCGUUGAGUUUGUUUGAUGUGACCUUCUUUGCGUCCCUUUUGUAUGCUGGGUACUUAAACGACCAGCAUCUCCCGUUUUACGUGAUCAGUGUUAUUGCACCGUUCCUGCUCUGUCUCUGGCACGUAUGGUCGUUUGAUCAUAAUGAUCCCAAAGAUAGCUGGAAGAAAUUCAUGGCAGGUCGCCACGGCGCGGCGAUGGUCUGCGCUGGAUUGGUCGUAGACCACUACUUCAAACUUGCGUCCCUAACCGGUUAAGGAUACACUUCUUCAACGCCGAGAAUUCAAACCGUUCCCACUGGAUAACCUAGGCUUUUAUGUGUUUCUGUUUUGUUAUGUUUUGACUAUCUGAUAGAGGAAUCGUUAUAUCAAUACCCAUCUGACAAAGAGUAGCGCACCAGGAAUCAUUAUAUCAAUACC